UGAAACUAGGCUCUCUCUUCCUCAUACUCCUCAUAGUCUGAGGGGAGUUGCAAAUGUUACAUUUGAACAUGUUCGUGUUUUGUUGUUGACUGCAUGGUAGAAGUACUGUCUGUUUGAACAUGUUGUUCUGAACAAGAAAGAGUCUGAGCCUACUGUACGCUCAUUUGUCGUAUUUAAAGGCAGGAUGGAAGAAAACUUUGCUGAUUUGCUAACUGGUGCAUUUUCAGAUACUUCCUUACCAUCUUUCCCAGAGGGAGAAUUAGACUUUGAGCCUUUGCAUUUUGAUGAGUACCUUCCUAAUAGAAGAUUGCCGGCACUUAAAGAGGAGGAUGAGGAAAUUGGCCAAACUAUUUCUAUGUCUGUGAGAGAUGUACUGGUGACCCAUGAGUUAAGUUUGACUGAAGAUAACACAAACAACACUGACGAGGAGACAGACUCAACGGAAGACCAGGAAGGAGCAGGUGGAACAGAGAGGUUUGGCACAGGUGUAAGGAAAACACCAGUGAAGCACCCGCGAGUAAAGACAGUGGUUGCGCACAAAAUGGAGGAAGAGAUAACUGACUCUGGAGAAGACAUAGAAGAGGAUAUAGGAACAGAAACCCUUUGUUCUCCUGGUAGUUGGUCUUUGGUUGUUCGUAGUGAAGAGGCAUUUUGGGACAGAGAGCAGGAGGUCAUAGGGAUAGGAGUCUCUGAGGGCCAGGCGCUAGCCCUAGAGGGAACUGAACAUCCUCAAGUUAGAAACGAGCAGCAAGGUGAAAUUCAGAAUAACGAUGUGACCUAUUUUGGGAGAGUCAGUGCACAUGGCAGGGUGAAGAUGACAGAACAUGUGUGUGACGUGCUUGAGAAUGUAGAGAGGCAGAGGGAGGAAGAAGAGUGCUCCUCAGAUUCAGAUCAAGAGGGUUCCAACUUUUCAACUGAACCUCAUCAAGAUACUGAACAGGCAGUGAGCAUACUCAAACAGAAUGCCGCUCUGGUUAAUGACAACAAUGAAGAUGAGAAAGACAGGAUAUCAGUGGUGGUUUCUGAGGUACCUGAUGUAGCCAUGCCAGAUAGAGAUGAUCUUGUCGUCUGUAGUUGUGUGCAGCAGCACAUAGAAGACAAAACAAAGAGUUUCUCUGAGGAGGACCAUCAAGAGGCAGGUGACAGGCAGGACAGGGAACAGAGUGACAAAGCGACAGGGGAUGUGGGCAGGAGCUCAGGGGAAGUACAUGUUGCGCGAGAACUACCGAAUUCUCUGUAUGAUAUUCCCGCUGAAAGGAGCAUUAAGACAUUUGAAUGGAGUGUUGAAGAUGAGAGCGACAGUUACAAAUCAAGUGAGGAUGAGGACCAAAAUAAGACUUGUGAAGAACUACCACCGGGCUCAACCCAUCAAGGUCUUUGGAAAGACAAGAGAGCUGGGGAUCCCCUACUUCAUAGAGAGGGUGGCAAGAACAGCUUGCCCCACAGUGUUGAUGACCAGCGUAUUCGUGAGACAUCAUCUUUUUGCCCAACUGUGACCAUUCUACCAGCAGAGCAGUGUAAUGCAGAAGUCCAACAGACAGGGAGGUUGGAAACAGACAUUCACACAAGAACAAACGCAAACGAACAUGGCACUAUAGACGACAGUUUCAUGUUUGAUGACCAGUACAAAAACUGGGGAAUCACAGAGGAGGAAGAUGAUGAGGAUGAAGAGAGCGAGAGAAACUGGGAGAAAGAACAAGAAAGAAUUGAUGCAUUCUACAAGUUUUACAGUGAUGAAGAGCAAGAAAACAUCACAGAGACAAAGACAAGACGAGUUCAGUUCUGCGUAGAUUCUUUGUCUCAAAUCUUUCAAUAUGACGCUGACAGCAGUUCCUCAGAAGUGGAGGAGGAUCUAAACCCUGGCAAGGACUGUAAUUUGGAGGAUGAAACUCAGAUGAUCCACAACAAAAAGAGGAGUUUGAGCAUGCUUAAGUUCAUGUUGAAUAUGAGUCUGGCGACACUGAUGGGACUGGCUGUUUUUUGGUGGGCCAAAGACCAACUACACUGGUUGGAUUGACGGGAACCAUGUAUAUUCUGCUGUGUACCUGCAUGUAAAUAAUAAAGCAGUAAUUUAGUUAACAGGC